UUGGAAGGAACUAGAGAUUUUCUGGAUCAAGCAACGACACCUAAGAAACGCAAGAACGUUUUUCACGUGACAAUUCCAAAACCCUUCAGGUUUCAUACCACCUCGCGUUUUGAUUUUCACGACGACGAACGACCAAGAACACCAACCACUCCAUUGACAUUUGGAAUUCGCGACGACUUCUAUGAUUCGCCAAAAAGACCCGAGCUGACAAUCCCAACAUCACCAGCAAUAACUAAGCCCAAGCCUUUACAACAAAGGCCACCCACCCCACAACUCACCAUUAGAACUCAUCCAGUACCGGACUUCGGGGAACCAUUUGUGCCAAUCAUCAAACAUCGAGUAAUCGAUUUACCAAAUUUUACAUUGCCUGGCGAUGAAAUUCACAAACGAAAAUCGAAUGAAAUCGAAGAAAGGUUACGAAAGGAAUUAGAAGAGAUGAGAAAUGCGCGUAAUUUCAAGGCGCAACCACUUCCAAGCGAUUCGCCUGAUUGUUUACCUCCACGCCACUACUAUCCACUAACCCAUCCCAAACCAUUCAAAUUGGAGACAGAAUCUCGAGGAGAGAAGCAUCAAAAAUACUUCCGCGAAAGAUUAAAAGAGAUGGAGAGGAGUGAAAAGGAGAAUCAAUUUCAUGCUGCUCCAAUUCCGAAUCUUGAACAGCAAGUUCCGAAGAAACCAAGGCUCCCAUCACCGACGAAACCGGUCGAGUUUAUUUUUCAUACUGACACUCGUAUGGAGGAACGCAGGGUCUUCGAUGAUCAAAGAAGGGUUCGCGAAUCUGUUGCGGAUGUCAUCAGGGAGCAAAAACGAAAGGAAGAAGAGGCUAGAAACGCUGAAGAAAUACGUCGCUUGCGAGCUGAAUUGGUGCAUCGCGCACAACCAAUCAGGCGUUUUGCACCAAUAAACAUACGACCCUCGAAUAAAAGGCCGACGAAAGCAAUUUCUCCGAUGAUCGGUGAAAAGCGACGUAAGAUUAUGGAAGAACAGAAAAGAUUAUCACUUCAAUCCGACUUGAAUUACGGUACAUCAAUUAUGUCGUCCUUAUUUGGUAGACCAACGAAAAGGGAUGUCGAGUUAACGAAUUUAGUUGGCAACACUGAUUCGGAGUUUAAUGAAUCGAAUAUUGCCGAUUCAGACUUAAGAACUACAAAUACUAGAAACCGUGCCACAUCUGAAUUGCAAAGAUCGCAAAAUGAUAUGUUCGUCGACUCUGAACCAAAGAGUUCUGCGAACGUAACAAAUUCGGAGGCAGUUAACAUCGAUGACUCAAAUACGCAGAAAUUGACUGCUUAUGAUGGCUCUGAGGUGCGAGAUUUGAUCACCGAUAUUAGCUCAGCGCUACAACGGUUGGUUACCAUCGAUACACACUCAGAUAUUCAGUUUUAA